AUGGGAAAUAGCAGCACCAUUAUCAUCAUCUGGAAUACAUUUUCUAACUCUGGUGAAAAAAUAAGUAGCUAGCAAAACACAAAGAAAUCUCGACGUUCAUACCUCUCAAAAUGUCUAAACUGGCAUUGUUCAAUGUGUAUAUUACCGAACGGCUAACAGCGGUGGCUGUGGAGAUAGCCGGGGUGGUAGAGAGAACAAUAACAGAAUACCAGGAAGAAAUCUCUCGUUCAAAGGAGGAGAACGAACGUCUUCGACGUCUGCUGGAUUUCAAACUGCAUAGAACAGACCCCCAGCAGCUCACGCUCCCAGUCUCUGAAGAGGAGAAACCCCCUGAGCGGCAGCACGGUGAGCAGAAGUGGGGCCCCAAUCUGGGGCAGAAGGACCCAGAAUCCACACAGAUUAAAGAUGAACAAGAGGAAAUCGGUACAAAUCAGGAGGAAGAGCAGCUUGAAACUGAUACCAACGACUCCAUAUUCACUGUCUUUGAGGAAAGAGACAGUAACCCACCUUAUCCGCCCUAUCAAAUGGAUUUCUCAAGCCACACUUUCGAAAGCAAAGAGGAUGAUGUGUUAUGCAUCCUCAUUCCUAAAGAGAUCAAAACUGAGCCUGAUGGAGAGGACUACACAGUAUCGGAAGCAACCAGUGCCUCUCAGUCCCUAUCAGAAGGAUAUCUAGGCUGUUCUGCAGCUCAGAGUGAAAACAGCGGAAGUGACAACGAGGUUGAGAGUGGGGGACAACCGUCAGGGUCAAAGCCACUGGAAUCAUCCAGAAAAUGGGCAAAGAAAGAACUAAGCUUCCAUACCGUUGCUGGAGGCAGGGCAAUCACAAAUACUUCCCCUUAUUGUUGCAAAUUGUGUGGAAGUACAUUUGUGUACAUUGGUCCUUUAGUUAACCAUGUGAAAAAUGUACACACAAAGCAUACGAAAAUGUGCGGUGUGUGUGAAGAAGUCUUUGAGUCCAUGGCAAGUCUGACAGAUCACCUGCAAACCCACAUAAAAGCAACACGUACUUGUAAUGUUUGUGGCAAAUGCUUCCCUAGUGAUGCUAAUCUGAGAACCCACAUGGUGUCUCACACAGGGGAGAAACAGUAUCAAUGCAAAGAAUGUGGGAAAUGCUUCAAAACUAAGGGAUAUAUGAAAUUGCAUAUGAGACUGCACACUGGGGAGAAACCAUUUCAGUGCAAAGAAUGUGGAGAAAGUUUCACUUGUAAUGGAUACUUGAAAGCACAUAUGAAGUUCCACACAGGGGAGAAAUCAUAUCGGUGUAAGGACUGUGGGCAAGACUUUGACCAGAAGACACAACUGGAAACGCAUAUGUGGACUCACAGAGGUGAGAAACCACAUGGUUGCAAGCAGUGUCCCAAAAGCUUCAAGCGUAAGGAAGAACUGACCAGACACACAGCGGUUCACACAGGAGAGAGACCUUUCAAGUGCACUGUAUGUGGACAUUGCUUUGCCACCCCAGGCAACCUGACACAACACCUGACCACUCACUCUGGAGAGAAACCGUAUCGGUGCAAAUUCUGUGGCAGAUGCUUUAGAAAUAAUCCACUACUUAAAAGUCACCUGAGGAAUCGUCACAAAUUUCAUGAAAGUGCCUGAUUCUCAGAAGAUUACUUAAAGGACAAGUUAACUUUUUUACAACCAAAUCUCUAUUUUUGAUGUAAAUAGCAUGUUCUUGAAGAGUACAGACACCUUUUUGUGAUUUUGCAUGUUUUUGAGAAACUUAACACAAACGGCAAAUCACUUCCUCAUCCUCGUGUAGUAUGCAGUCCCUAAAAAAGCAGGAACAAAGGCUCCAAAAACACCCAAACGUGUACUUUUAGUUCAUUUCGAACUUUAUCCACAAUGUUAUAUAACCUUGCGCAAGUAAUUUCCCUCAUCCAGCUGUUCCAUUUUCUGUGUAGCCUGCUGCUACAUAACUGCCAAAAUAAAGGAAAAACCAACAUAAAGCAUCUUAAUAUGGCAUUGGCCCACCACGAGCCACCAGAACAGCUUCUAUGCUCCUUGGCAUAGAUUCUACAAGUGUCUGGAACUUCCUGUGUGGAAGCACCCCAUGCUUUCAAUAUCAAAUCAAAUUUUACUGGUCACAUACACAUUUAGCAGAUGUUAUUGCGGGUGUAGCAAAAUGAUUGUGCUCCUAGCUCCAACAGUGCAGUAAUAUCUAAAAAUGAUUCACAACAAUACAUACGUCUAAAAGUUAAAUCGUGGAAUUUAAAAAUGCAUAAAUAUUAGCUCAAGCAAUGUCGGAAUGGCAUUGACUAAAAUAGAAUAGAAUACAGUAUACAUAUGAGAGAGUAAAGCAGUAUGUAAACAUUAUUUAAAUGACAAGUGUUCCAUUAUUGAAGGGGCCAGUGAUUCCAAGUCUGUAGAUAGAGGCUGCUGCUCUAAGGUGAAGGCUUGCGUAACCGGGUGGGAGCCGGCUAGUGAUGGACUGAAGAAUGGCUUAUAUCGGUCCCAGCUUUGAUGCACCUGUACUGACCUCGCCUUCUGGAUGAUAGCGAGGUGAACAGGCCGUGGCUCAGGUGGUUGACGUCUUUGAAGAUCUUUUUGGCCUUCCUGUGACAUUGGGUGCUGUAGGUGUCCUGGAGGGCAGGUAGUUUGCCCCCGGUGAUGCGUUGGGCAGAGCACACCACCCUCUGGUGAGCCCUGCGGUUGUGGGCGGUGCAGUUGCCUUACCAGGCGUUGAUACAGCCCGACGGGAUGCUCUCAAUUGUGCAUCUGUAAAAGUUUGUGAGGGUUUUAGGUGCCAAGCCAAAUUUCUUCAGGCUCCUGAGGUUGAAGAAGCGCUGUUGCGCCUUCACCACACUGUCUUUGUGGGUGGACCAUUUCAGAACAUCAGUGAUGUGUACGCCGAGGAACUUGAAGCUUUCCACCUUCUCCAUUGCGGUCCCGUCGAUGUGGAUAGGGGCGUGCUCCGUCUGCUGUUUCCUGAAGUCCACAAUCAGCUCCUUUGUUUUGUUGACGUCGAGUGAGAGGUUAUUUUCCUGGCACCACUCUCCCAGGGCCCUCACCUCCUCCCUAUAUACUUUGUAUCUCUUGUUUACUCAAGACUUUCCUUUAUUUUGGCAGUUACAUGUAGAAUGGACAGAGGUAUUGCUGGAGUCACAACAAAAUGUUGUGGAUAAAGUUCUGAAUGUCAUGAUAUCUAAAGACCUGCAUCACUAUACUGAGAGCAUUGCCAUUAAUAAAAUGACAUAUUUGGGGGGUUUUGGAGCCUUUGUUCAUGUUUUUUCAUGGCCCCCAUACUACACAACGGGGAAGUGAUUUGCUGUUUAGUGUAAGUUUCUCAAACAUGUGAAAUCACAAAAAAGGUGCCUGGACCCUUCUAUAACAUGCCAUUAACAUCAAAAAUAGAGAUUUGGUUCUAAAAAAGAGAACUGCUCCUUUACGUUUAAAAUAGACAAUGUCUUUUGGUUGGUGGUGCUUUAGAACAUACUGUACAAUAGAAUCUUUAAAACAAUGUAGUAGAUGCUCUCUGUCAGGCUAUGCCUUCAGUCAGAGUUGUGAAUACUAAUCUGCUUUUUACUAUUAAAUAAAGGCCUUCUAUAUAUAUUCC